AUGAUACUACUGUAUGAACUACAGAAGCGUUUGGCCAAUCUGCGGCCCACCACCACAAUUGUGACCACUCCCACCGGCGCUCGAUACGUGGAGCGGCGCAAAUCCUCGUGCAGCGAAGACAACAGUGCCGAACAGCAAUUGGAGGCACGUCAAUAUGGCUUCGUUGUGGACACUAAACCCGACGCUGUGCCCGCCUGCAUAUUGAGCGAAUUUCUGUAUUUAGGCUCCCAAGAUGCAGUGUCUGCUGAGAAUGCAGUCAAAUACAAGCUGACGCACAUCUUGAGUGUGGGCAUCGAAACACCCAAUGUUGAGUUACCCUCAACAGUCAAGUGCAAGCAUUUGCCAUGUCUGGAUUUGCCAGAGACAGAUCUGUUGCAAUAUGUGCUGCCCGUUGCCAUAGAUUUUAUCGAGGAAGCGCAUGCAGCUAAGGGAUGCGUCUUGGUACAUUGCAAUGCGGGAGUUUCGCGUUCCGCCUCCGUUGUCAUUGGUUAUCUAAUGCAGCGGCGUGACAUGCGUUUUGAGGAAGCCUACCAUCUGGUCAAAUCGUGGCGGCCUUGUAUACAGCCGAAUGGUGGAUUCAUGCAGCAGUUAAAGAAAUUUCCUAGAACGUCAGCCAAAUAGCUUUAGUGUUUUUAGAUAGUUCAUAGAUGUUGUGUAAUCUUUUAUUGUACGUAAAACGUUAACCACCAGCAUUUUCAGUCAGUUGAUGUAAAUUAACCACAGUAGAAGAGACUAAUUGUUGCAACUAGGACUAGGAAAUUCAGAAUUAAAAAGCUCAAAUACUUGAAAUUAAUAAGGAA